AUGAAGCUCAGCUCCAUUCUCUUUGGCCUAUGCUCGGCCGUCGCAGUGUCCGGUCUGGCUAUCCCGGCCCAGCUAUCUGAACGUAGUCCAAACAAAUUCAUCGCAAUCGGCUACGCCUUGGCAGAAGGAGGCAGUGAGGUCGAGAAGCGUGACGGCCUCGUGACCAGGGGGCUUAACAUCGAGGAGCGAGAACCGAACAAAUUCAUCGCCAUCGGAUACGCUUUGGCCGAAGAUGGAAGUGUCGAAAAGCGUGAAUUCCCGGUGCAAGUUGUCAAGCGUGGUCCCAACAAGUUCGUCGCCAUCGGCUAUGCACUAGCCGAGGAUGGGGGCUCUGAGAAGCGUGAGGCUUCAGUAGAAGUUGAAAAACGCGAUCCUAACAAGUUCAUCGCUAUCGGCUAUGCACUAGCCGAGGGUGGAAGCACUGAAAAGCGUGAAGCUUUACCGGAAAUUGAAAGCCGCGACCCCAAUAAAUUCAUUGCCAUCGGCUAUGCAUUGGCCGGGGAUGGAGGCCCUGAGAAACGGGAUCCAGCUUCGGCCUGA